UUUCUCCCAGGAAGAAUCAUGGCCGCCUACUGUUCAGCUAUGGUGUUUCUAUUUACGUUUCGCCAGCUUUCUGUUUUGAGACUUACAGCAGGAGAAAGAGUAUUUUUUGAAAGCCAUAUUUGAGGUUUAUUUAUAGUCAUUGUUUGGAUAAAUCAAAGUGUCUUUUAUUUACAUUUUUUGUGUGUGUGUGACAGACUGAUAGAUUUGAGUCUUUUCACUUAGCUUAUCAAAGCUGCUAUUGAUUUACUCAACCAGACACCCACAGCUUUCACACCGGGGUCUGGUCGCGAUGUUUAGCCCCGUGAAUUCCUCUUAUUUUCGAGUCAGUCCGACUAUUAUCAACCGGGAGCUUGGCAAGACCAAGAUGAGAUAGCAAGAGUGUACAGCGGAGUGCUAACAGGCGUUUUACUGGGAGGAAACAUCCACAUCACAAUUGGGAGUGAAAUUAACCGAGAAAUAAAACCCACAUUGACAUGUUUGGAAACCUUUUUGAGGAGGAAGAGGACGAAGGGUUCGCCUCGACCUCCAACAAAGGGAGCACUGCUAAAGGGGGCGAGGAGCCCCCGCCUCCACCCCGAGGAAGAAGCAAUCUGUGCGGCAUUAAAAAUCAGGGAGGGACCUGCUACCUCAACUCUCUGCUCCAGACUCUGCUGUUCACCCCAGAGUUUAGAGAGGAGCUGUUCAGUUUGGGACCAGAAGAAUUGGGGCGUCUUGAGGACAAAGACAAACCAGGAGCCAAAGUCAGGGUGAUUCCUCUGGAGCUCCAGCGAUUGUUUGCCCGUCUGUUGCUAAUAGACCAUCAGAGCGCCUCCACCACUGACCUCACAGACAGCUUCGGCUGGAACAGCAGCGAGGGGACGAAUCAGCAUGAUGUGCAGGAGCUCAACAAGAUUUUGUUCAGUGCAUUGGAGCACUCCCUUGUGGACACCAGCGGCAGUACAUUGAUCCAGCGCCUCUACCAUGGUACCAUUGUCAACAGCAUCGUGUGUAAGGAGUGUGGAAACGUGAGCCAGAGGAAGGAGGACUUCCUGGAUUUGACAGUGUGUGUUUGUGGCGUGUCCAGCCUGGAGGAGGCUCUGUGGAACAUGUUUGUGGAGGAGGAGUUGUUUGAAGGAAACAACCUUUAUCGUUGUGCUCAGUGCUCCAGGUUGGUCACUGCUGCCAAGUCGGCCAAGCUGGAGCAGCUGCCCCCGUUUAUCACCAUGUCUUUGCUGCGAUUCAGCUUUGACUUUGCCAAAUGUGAACGAUACAAGGAGACCGGACGCUACACCUUCCCGCUCACCAUCAAUCUGAGACCAUUUUGUGAGCAGUCUGAUGCAGAGGACUCUGAUUUCACAUAUGAACUGUUUUCCGUGAUUAUCCAUAAAGGAGGCUGCUAUGGCGGCCAUUACCAUGUUUACAUCAAAGAUAUCGAUGAGCUUGGACUGUGGGAGCCUCCGGAAGAUGACUGCAAACCAAAAGCUCAAAAGAAAAUCGAGAAGGAAGUCAAGGAGUCAUCUGAGCAAAACCUACAAGAAGACGACCCUUUGUCUAUUAUUACUGCGAUCAUUGCUCAGGAGUCUUCAAAAAGUGUUUUAUUGGAUCAGCUGGGUCAAAAGCUUCUGGAUAAAACUGGAUCAUCCUGGAGCAAAAGGUUUAGAAAACUUUACGGUCCAAUUGGAAAGUUCCUGCAGUCUCACAGUGACGUUUUUAUUUUGGUGUCCAAUGGAUCCCGGGUGGCACUGAAGGCAAACCCUCCAAGCCAAGUGACUGAUACUUCUGCUUCUGCAUCAGAGCAAACCGUGACCUCUGACCCUUCAGCAGCUUCAGACAGAGCCGCCUCUGAUACGCAGCAGGAGGCAAAUCAAACGCAUAAAGCACAACCAGAGCAGGGUAGCCACUGGUUUGACCUGAAUGACUCGGCUGUGACUUCCAUCAGGGAGUCGGACAUCGAGAAGCAGUUCCAGGGCAAAGAGAGCGCCUACAUGCUGUUCUACAGAAAAACACAGCUGCACAGGCCCGGCGAAGCUCUAAACAAUCCACGAUAUAAAGUUCCUACUCAGCUCAUCCAGAUGGCUCAGGAUGAGAACCGGAGGCUGCAGCAGAUGCGUGAGGAGUUUGAAGCCGCCAACAACACAGUGGAGCUGCGUCUGCACCUGGCCCCUUUUUACAAAAUGGUGGAUGGAGUCCUGCAGCCAGUCGGCGAGGACCAAAGUGGAAGCAUUAACCUGAGCUUCGACCGGAGGAAGACCGUCGGAGAUCUGAGGAUAACUAUUUACCAUAAGCAGGAAUUGUGGGAAGGCGAUAUGGCGUUGACGGUAGCCAAGAGCCUACCUGCUGGUUUACACCUCUACAAUACUCUGACAGAUGACGGCGUUUCUCUCUACGGUGCAGGAAUCCACACGAAUACUGAUCUGUUUGUCUGGAAUGGGAUGGAGGUUUGUGGCUCCGCAGUCCAAACUGGAGCUGAAUGGGAACCUGUAUUGCUCACUGUCGUCCGUCCGUUUCUGGGCGAAGAUGUUGGGCAGGAAGUGCAAAAUGGGGUGAAAUGUGAAAAAAACGGAACAGGCUCUGAAAAUGUCGGCCCAGGACUGAAAAGGGAAGCUAGGGGGUUUGCGGGGGGCGCAACUCUUGGGGAGGUGAGGGAGGCACUUGGGGAGCCGAGGGAGAGCCUACUGUGUCAGGAGCAUAAAAGAGGAAAGGUGGGAGGUCAGGGGGCGGGGGAGGGAGGGGGUGCGAGCGGAUGGAGGGUGUUCCCGCCCGAUGACAUGCAGCGGACUUUAAAGGAGCUGUCGCUGAAGGAUGGAGAUGCUCUGCUGGUGUUGGAGCCGCACUCAUUCGACAGCAGUGUGUUCACCCAAAAUGGAGAUGUGGUCACCGUGACUACGCCGUCAGACUGCCGCUGGCUCCAGGUGGAGUUCCGACCACUAAUAAACGGAGACGAAGAGGAACUAAGGAAGACUGUAAAGGUUCCAGCCACAGGAAAUAUGCUGCUAUCUGAAGUGAAACAAAGAGCCAUAGAGGAGCUGCAGCUGCUGGAAGAACCUUCAGGUUCGCCGUACUGUCUGAGGCAGGUGGACUGCUCUGGGAAACUCCUUCCUCCAGUAUUCGAGGAGUUAAGUGUUCGGGAUGCAGGCGUGCGACUCAUGACCACGUUGACUCUCUGCCCGGGAAAUGCCCCUAAGGAAUCACAGCUUUUCUUGCACUUUACUGUUGGUUCAGCCCCCUCUGCUGGCAUGGAGAUGGACAUAAUCGUAGAGAAGACAUGCACCGUCAAAGAAUGUCUUAAAGCUAUGCUGGAUGCUGUUGGGCUUGAUGGUACCAGUUGGCACUUAAGGAGGCUAGAUUGGUGUGAGGAAGUUGGAGAGCCACUAAUGGAUGAGGAUGCUUCCCUGUCAGACCUCAAGAUCAGCAAUGGAGAAACGCUAGUUGUUACAGAAGGGCUUUUACCACCAAAGGGCUUUCUCAAACUUUCUGUGUGGCUUUUUAUGGAUCUGAGAUCUAAUUGCACAGAAGGCAGUCCUGCUGAGCAGCGGAUGUGGGAAACGGAUGCUACUGAUGGAUUUUGUGCUCCGUUACUGCAUGGUGAAAACAUGGUGGAGCUGAGAAACAUUGGAAAGGUUGAGAUAUCCGAUGAUGCCAUGCUGGAAGACUUAAAGACCCAGGUUUUGACGCUACCAGCACUCCAGGACGUAUGUGUCCCGGUCACUAGUUUCCUGCGUGUUUGGCAGAUGGACGGAGGGCGUCCAACACGUAUACUUAGAGGACAACAAGUCACACUCAGGAAGCUGAAGUUGACCAGUGGGACAGAUCUUUGUGUGCAGGGCCUACUCAAAGAGGAAGAUCUUGGGCCAAAACAGGUGCUGCUGAAUGUAAAGAUGGGUGUUCCAGGAGAGAGGAGGUAUUAUCCUACAGAGGAGCUGGUUUGGGACACUUCCAAGGACUCUUCUCCUCGAUCUCUGCGCACCAGUCUGGCUGCGCAUUACGGCCUCUCUCCCGAUUCUCUGCUGCUCGCCAAACAUCAGCCUGAAAAACACACCUGGGAAGAAAUCUCCAACUGGACUCAGCAGUUUUCUAAAAAGAAGAAAAAGAAAAAGGCAGAAUCCCUUUUGGGGCCGCCAUUUAACCUUAGAGAUGGAGAUGUAAUUGGUAUUAAGAACCUUUUGAUUGACAAUAACAGGGACUUCAUCACAGAAGAGGAUCAGCAAGGCCAGCAGAGGCUCAGGGAACAGGCAGAGCAACGCAGGAAAGGAGCGCAGGCUGCAGCCUCCAACGGUGCCGGGAAAAACAAACCCAGGAAGGUAGAGGUGCCGUUGUCCAUCAGCGUUGGAGAGUUCAGAUAGCAUCCUCCUUUUUAAUUGAUUCGCAGACAAGUCGGGACGUCCUAUGACAUUACAUCGUCCAUAUGAAUUAAAAUGCCACGUUGCUCUUGGACAAUCUCCUGAAUAAAUCUGGUGCCAAUACUUCCUCUGUAUAUAUAUAUACUACACAAGACUGUUUUUUCACAAAUAGUGUAACGAUUACAAAAAUGAAUCCUAAUACCUUCCUGGUUCUCAUCCAGGUCAUCCUUCAGAACACAUAUCCAAUCUUUUGAUUUUUGCACUGUUUUUCUGUAAUAUGCAUUUUUUUAUUGCAGUAUUACUGCUUUUAGGUCUUUUUAAUACAUUUUUUUUCCAAUAGUGUAUCAUUUGUUUAUUGGAAGUCAAUCAGGAGACUUAUUUUCCUUUUUGUAUUGAUUUCAUUUGGCUUUUUACAGAUGAAAUUAGACUCCUAAGACUUGAUGAAAGAUGAGCUUUUAUUCAACUAAAAUUUCAAAGUUUGUAUAAACAAUGAACUUUAAAAAAAAAUCUCCUUUUUUGGAUUAAAUUUUGUUUCAAUAAAGUUUAGAAAUACAUUUUCUUUUUGAAAUCUAAAUCUUUACAUGAUUAAGUUAAGCCCGCUUUUUAAACAGAAACCUGCCACUGUGCUGCACAAAUAAAAACACGGCAUCUUGAGAACAGUAACUGUUGGUGUGUUUGUUUCAGGGUAGAUAACAGAUGGGCCUUAAUGUAAAGAAGCGAUUUUACUGCUCUCUUCCCUACCUCAUAAUUCACCUCUUAAACUCCUCUUCUUCUACCUCUUUUAAACUGUUCUUCACCGUUUAUCCUUACUCUAAACUGUUGCCCCGCUCCCUUCAAUAAAUGGUUUCUACUUUUUAAAGAGCUCAGCACCGGGUUAAUGCCUCAGCUGGGGUUUUCUAGAUCAUUAAUUGCCAAGUUCUACUUUUUCUCAAGAAAUGAAGAAUAACAUGUGAUCUAAGAUUUCAUUUAAGGAAUAGUUAAGGCUUUAUUUUGCAUGCGCUAUGUUUGAACUUCAGGGAAAUGUUUUUCUGCUAUACUUUUUAAAAAAAUGUUUUUAGUUUUGCCUUCACCAUUAUCCAUUUGUUUUCUUGGCUUUGAACCAAUGGUAAUUUUUCUUUUGUAUUCCCUACAUUGAUUAUUUUUAUCACUGGUUGGAUAUUUGUUUGUUAGUGAGGAUCGGUCUGCAUUAUUGUUGCAGUGCUUUUUGUAAAGUGACUGCUUUUAAAGAAAGUCCUUAAUGAAUAAUAAAGUUAUGAAAAAGAAAA